GACAAGGCCUGGCUAACAAGCUGUCUGGCAGCAGACGAAAUUUGAAAGCAAGAAAUCAAAAAAAGUGCAAUCUUCCCGUACAGUAUGACAGAGAAAGACUCCAAGGGACAUAGUCACCAGUUGGAGCAAUAUGUGUUGUUGGCCAAGUCUACUARAGGUGCUGCAUUAACUGCGCUCAUAAAACAAGUGCUGGAAGCACCAGGAGUACAUGUUUUUGGAGAAUUAUUAGAAAUGAACAAUGUUCAGGAGCUUUCAAAAACAGAACAUGCACCUUAUUGGCAUUUACUAAAUAUCUUUGCUUUUGGUACUUACAGUGAUUACAAAGCCAAUUCUUCAACGUUACCUGAACUAAGUCCUCUUCAGCAGAAAAAGUUAAGACAUCUUACAGUAGUGUCUUUAUCAGCYAAGUCUAAGUUUAUUCCUUAUGAAUUACUUUUAAAAGAGUUGGAUAUUACAAACUUAAGAGAAUUAGAGGUCAGUAUAAUUCUUUUCUCAAGUAUUUUGUCUACAUUGAU